CGUGUAAUGGCGGACGAAGUAGAAGAUGUUUUCAUGGAUAGUUUACAAUUACAGCUCUCUGAAGUGGAAAUGCUGCAAUCGAUGUUUCCCAACGAGGAGGAAUUUCGUUUGGAAGACCCUGGGGUACUAGUUGAUGUACAGGAAUUCAUUUCAAGAAGGUCUAAAGUCCUUCCUUCACGAAUAAGCUUCUUCCUCACAGUGGAAUCUGAAGCAAAACAAAGAGAUGAUGAAUCAAGGUCGUUGAAGAAUGGAGCCUUUAUUUUUGAAAUGUACUGUAGUCUCCCACAUGAUUAUCCAAAUGAAAAACCAGAAUUAUAUGUAAGGUCGCCGCAGUCUAUAAACAGAGAAAUACAGAAAAAGCUGAACCAGGAAUUGAAGGACUUUCUUUCAACUUUGGACCCAGGUGAACUUUGUAUUGUCCCUGCCAUCCAAUGGUUACAAGAAAAUUCCCUAAAUUACGCAGAGAUGUGCUCAAAGCAAUGUAACAAUACCGUAGAAAGUUACCAUAGUGUUAAAGAUGAUGGACAGUUUGUAAGAAUGUGGAUGUACAUGCACCAUAUUUACAGCAAAACCAAAAGAAAAAUUAUUUUGGACUGGUCUUCAGACUACAACUUGACUGGGUUUUCGUUGCCAGGCAAGCCUGGGGUGGUUUGUAUCGAGGGUGACGAAGCUAAUGUUGAAGAAUAUUACUCAAAACUAAGACGUUUAAACUGGAAAAAGAUUACCUGUCGCCACAGACAACUUGGAGAAAGUAAUCUAAGUAUUGAUGUGCAAAGAGUUUUUAAAGGUUUUAAAGAAUUAGCCUUUGAUGUGCAUGGCACGAGAGAGGGUCAUAUGGACAUGGGGCAAUUUUUUCAAUAUUUACAGAAACACCAUCUCAGUGAAGUGUUUCCCAUUUUAUUUGGAGUAGAAGGAAAGUAAGUAUGGGAAAGUAUGAGACAACUAUACAAAUAAUGUUUUUAACAUUUUAAUAGAUCCGCAAAUCAAAUAAGCUAUAAUUAUUUUUCAAGAUAUAUUUAUAUCUCAAGCUCGCUACUUUUUUGGUUUAAGCAAACUGCCCCAAACCCUAGCAAAUGAAUACCAAGCAAAGACUUUAUUUCCCCUUCAGCUAGUAUGCUAGCACUAGCAAACAAGUAUAUUUAGAAUAUGCAGAUAAUAUUUGGAAUAGUCUACCAAUAUGUCUAUGCAUAUGGCCAUCUAAGUUAUUUUGAAUCUGGGAUUCCCAGGAAUCCAGAAUUCUCUCAUUCCUCUGAUUCUGGUAAGCUAUUCUGUGGUUCAACUCCCAAGACAUGCUAGUAACAGAAUUUUGGACCCAGGGAGCUUUAAAGCACUGUGGUGCAUUAUAGUAACAGCAAAAGACAACACAGGCCAACUAUAGAAAAGUCUAUAGGGCAAAAGCUAUUUUUUUCUAACAUACUGUAGAAUUAAGGAAUAUAAGAUGAGCGCACAUGUCUCUGUACUGUGACAUACGUAGCAUGCUGGGAGCUGUGGAGCACAAAACAAGCUUAGGAACAUGAGGUAUAGCUGAGUGUUCUCUUGCUUUUCGAGUGCUCUAUGGCUCAUACUGUUUUUAUCACAGUAUGACAUAAGCAGCGAUUUUAUAUUGCUUUCAAAAAUUCAUGAAUAAUUAAAGACCCUUUGAACCAAUUGAAGCGACCAUACCUGUCACAUGCAUGGAUCUUAAACCCCCUAAAUACCUCUUCAUUAGUUUUCUUUAUAUAAGGAAUACUAAUCAAUGCUAAUGAGGAUGACUUUAUCAUAGAUAAAGGUACAUCCAGGCAUAGAUCCUCAUCAAGCUCAGUCUCACAUAAGAUCAUGGAUGACCCACAAAAUAUCGCCGAGUAGUGCCCCUGUCUUGAGUUGGUCAUGCUGUCUUCAAUUUUUGGGAGCCUUUUUUGGACUCACUGAGCAUGACAGUGAUGUACAAACCUCACUGUGCAUAAUAUUGAUGUACAAACAUCUAUCAAAGUAGAAAUCUCUAUGUUUGCGACAUGUAUGGUAGCUGUAAUUCAACCAAAGGUUUGUGAAUUAUACCUAAGUUUUUGAAGCAGUUCAGUGCUUCAGGGUCCCAUUUCAAAAUAUUUACAAACACUUGUUACAAAGGGUAUGACAUCUGAAAAACCCUCGUUACAAAGGGUAUGACAUCCAAAAAAAAUCAAGUAGUUUUUGCACUACAGCUAAAUAAGACAAUAUUCAAAAAGAUUAUGAAUUCAAUUAUAUUAAGAGCUGAGAAGAACAGGGAGAAAGAAAACAAAUCAGAAAAUUUAGGGAGAAGGGGGAGCCAACAUGACAAGUGAGAAAAAAAUUAUUAUCCAGUUCAAUUUAAUUAACAUUUUGCUGAAGUUUGUCAAUUUUUGGGGAGAGAGAAAUAGCUGAAAAAAUUAUGGAGGGAGAAAAAUGGCUGGAAAUAAUUUAAAAUACUUGUUCCUUUCUGCUCUGUCGAUCAAGUAUUCACAACCUUUUGGUCUUUAGACCUCCAAGGUUGAUGCGAAUAGCCUUUUUAAACAGUUUGGAUGAAUUAUUUUUUUCUUGUCGUUCAUCUUCGUCAUUGAUCUUCUCCUCUUCAUCUCCUUCCUGCUCUUCAUUACUUUCACCCCCAUCAUCCAUAUCAACUUCAGUUAAACCAUAUUCUCCUGCAACAUCCCCAAGACCGGCUUCUGCAAGCAAACCAAAAAAUACAAAGUUAUGUCACCUAAAAUUGGACAGGCCAUAAGACUACAUUGCAGAACCAAAUGCAAACCACGAAAAAAAAGAAAAAGAAAAAAAAAAAAACGAAACGAAAAGCAAAAAAACAAAAAAAAAAAAACCCGAGUAAACAUAAUAAACUAGUUCAAGAUCUUUUAAUCCGACGAAGGACUAGCGUCCGAAAUGUCAGUAAGUUUUUUCAUCUUUUCACGGUGCAUAAUCUACCUUUUUAUCAUUACUAGUUCAAGAUAUGAGAACCACAAAUCAUUGAAUAAAUUGAAAUAAGUUAAUUGAA